AUGGCAUACUUGCUAGGCAGUUCCAUGUCUUACUUAAUAGAAAUUGGGAAGUUAGAGUUAAUCAUGUUUUUAGGGAAGCUAAUUUUGCUGCUGACUUCCUUGCUAAUAGGGGUCAUUCGUUUAAUUUUGGCACACAUCGCUUCAAUGUGUGCGACCCAGAACUUGGGAGAUGGCUUCUUCACGAUGUAA